ACCCUUCAGAUCAUCAUGAUCCUCCUUCUCUUCCCAUUGGAACCCUUCGCCCCACUCUGGAAAGUACCGCAACUCCUCACUGCCGUGGGCAUAAUGCUGGUGAUGGUGUCUCUCUUUGUCACCGACGUCCCUCACUUGCUCUCCUCCUCCUCCACUACCUCCAUCCUCACAUCUGCUGCUGCUGCUCCUAUUGGUGGGGGGGUGGUUGGCCCUAUUUCCACCAGCCCAGGCAAGGGCAGUAGUGUGGUUACUAUUGAGGCGCCCAAGGAGUAGAUGGGUGCUGCUGCUGCUGCUGCUCCUCCGGCUGCUCCCACUGCUUCUCCCAGUGCAGUUGGUCAUACUUCCACCAGUCCCGCUGAGUGAGCUGAAUGAGACUACUGGCGUAAUGCAUCCAAUUUGAUCCCACCAGAAUCGCUGAGCAGCUGGCUACAGUAGCAGCAUGUGGCACAUAACAGAAUGACUGUAGGAUUACAAGGGAUGUGGAAAGUCUCGAGACGGAAAUGCUCAUGACAAACUGGUGUAUGGAGCUUCCGCAAUUCUAUGCUCUGGAGUGUACCAGCAGGUUAUUUGAUUAAAUUUUAUUCUCGCUA